AUGGCCGGAGCGGCGCCGGCUCCUGGGCCAGCAGAGUUGCCAACAGGGGUCACCCAGGACCAAGCCCUUGAUUUUCUUGAUAAGCAGGUAAGUUCUGAUCUGGUGCAUAUUUUCCAAGAAUGCGGAAUGCCUUUGGGAUUGCAGUAUCGAUUGGGACAAAACUUCAAAUCAGUGAUGCGAUUCUCGACAUACGCUGACACACGGGGCGAAGUGCGCACUGCUUUGAAAGAUGAUCACCAGUUGGAGGCCACGGACCAGGCGAGCAGAGCUGUCGUUGCAGCAGUAGUUUCAGCCUGGGAGACAUCGCGCGAGGUCGCAAGCAAGGAAACGGAGUUGAGGGCAGAGGCGCGCAUGCUGGGCGUCAGCAGACCAGUGACGCAGACUGAGAAGCAGGCUAUGAGGGUUGCGUAUGAGGCAGCCCACGGGACGCUCGAGGAGGCAUUCGAGCCUUCCGACGACUACAUCUCUGCAAAGCUUGAGGAGGUCGAGAGUGGCGAGAUCACCGCUAGUGCCCUUUCUGAAGUGACAUCCAAGAAGAAGGUGAAGACCAUGGGGAUACAGACGACAGUGGAUACUGGAGGUCAUGUCAGGAUCGUCAAACAGAAGAACAAAGGGGUAAUGCCCUCACAUACAGAAGAGCUGAGAACGGUGCUGAGAGUUGAGGGCAAUAUGUGGACAUUUUUGGCAUCCAAGUACAAGAACAAGAUCUUUUUCCAAGGCAUGGGGCCAGAUGCUUGGCUGGGAUAUGCAAACUACUUGCUUGGAGAACGGGUGUACUUGCUGCAGGUCCCGGUCACCGGAAAGGGCGGGAAGAUGGAUCAAAUCCCACUGAAACCGCCAUGGGUGGUGAUCCUCAACUAUGAAUACGAGUUGAGGAAAGAAGCGAUCAAGAGAGCCUUUCGUGAUUCCCGCCCCUUGCGCGAGACCCUUCGGGAGGUGACAGAUGAUGCACAGUUGAAAGAACAGUAUUUCACAGCUCCCAUAGCGCUGCAAAACAGAGGAAAGCGUGGCAGUGAUCAAUGGGAUGGCCAGCACGAUGAUGGAAAAUGGCACCGGGACACCUGGCGAAAAGGAGCUGGCUGGGGCAAAGGCACACCGCGCAAAGGAGAUGACAAAGGACGUGGCGAUCAAAAGGGCAAGGACAAGAAAGGAAAGGACCCAAAGGGUCCUGGCAAAGGGAAGCGUGAGAGCGUCACCACCACUCGAACGCCAGACGGGAGGUGGAUCUGCUUUGACUACUCCGGGCCAGGAUGUGAUGGAAACUGCGGCAUGGUACACUGCUGCAUGGUCAAAGGACAGGGCGGCAUGGGCCUGGUCCUUCCAGGUCGCACACUUAUCCUUUUGGUUUUCCUUGGUUGGCAGAGAGGCCCUGAGGCGCAGCUCAGAUGGCCGCAGUUCGAUGCAACAGGGUCCUAUGUAGGGCCAAUUGGCCGGUGCGAGCAUUUGCAUCAUGGUGGCGCCGGCAUAGCGCACGAUGGAAGUUGGAAAACGGACACACCUCUUCCGUUGGCCUUCUGUGAACAUGUGGUGCAGAUGGCAUGUGAUUGGCAGAUGUCUGGGCGCGCUACAGACGACGUCGGCCAUCCGGCUGAACAGUUCGCCACAUGCUUGCUAGAGCAGUCCGAUUCGCGUAAGCUUGGGAAACAUGAUGGAGAAGCUCUGGCCCGCCUGCUCGAAUACGAAGCACCGCAUCCGGCAGCAGUGGCAGAUGCGGCCCCGGAGCAAAGUGGCGGCAAGGCCUUCUUCGGCGGAGCCUACACUAAGGGUGGCGUCACGGGUUUGCGCCGUUCUUGCCGGCUGUUCCCUCAGUCCCUUAAGUGCCUCACCUUGCUCCUGCGUGAUGCCUUCCCCAACAAGCCCUUUAGUUCUCUUGUGGUGUUCAAUAACGUCAAGAGUACUAUGCACAAAGACGUGCACAACGCGCCUUAUCCAAACUUGCUUCUUGCAUUGACCACUUUCCAAGAUGGGCAGGUUUGGAUGGAAAGCAGCCACGGUCAUGUCGUGCGCAUGGUUCGCGGCAUCCCGCGCAAAGGCGUUCUUCUCCCAGUGGCCCGGGCUCCGCAGGAGCUCCAGGCUCACAACUGCUUCCAUCAAACCGAGGCGUGGACUGGUGAUCGAGUUCUCUUAGUUGGAUUCACAGUCACCCGCCUUCACUCGCUGUCACCGCUCAUGCGUGAUAACCUCCUCUCUUUGGGCUUCGUCCUUCCCCCAUCUGCUCACCUGCCACAGCAAGGGGGGGAGGGGCUCGCUGAUCGGGAGGCCGAAGCGGUGCCGGCGAUGGCAUUACAGCAACAUGAACUCCACGCUGCUAACACCCCUUCAGGAGGGACCAUCCUGGAGGCACCUGAUCCUGGCUCUAGCACCGCUUCAGGAGGGACCAUCCUGGAGGCCCCGGGCCCCAUCCUUGGCACCCCUUCAGGAGGGACCAUCCUGCUGGCACCUGAGGCUCCCCUUUCCGACCAACCCGAUGGCGAGGACGUUGGUGACCCCCAAGAGUUUGACCCACGCACAUCCCGUUGCAGUGGGCCGGCCUUGCGUUGUCGGCACACACAGGUCCGGCGUGAACUUGUGGAUGGAUUUGGCUUGUGCUCCCCGGGGAGGUGGCGACCGAAGUCACGUGGGGCAUUAGCUUCCGACAUUGAGCACAGCCAUUCACUUAGCAUACGCAGGAUUCUUGUCAGUGCGCUGCGGGAGGCCAUCCCCGACAGGAAGAAAGCUGCCUUCAUGCUUGCCACGGGGAAGAUGGAGAGCUCACCAUUUUCACGUAGCACCAUCGCUAAGGUCAGGGAACGGAUUGCUGCUUUGUUGCCAGACCCUGAGCAGGCAAUGCAGAUUCCCCAAGGACAACCUUUCAUGUUGCACAUGCUUUCCCAGUCGCUCCGGGUGUUUGGGGAUCCUGACUAUGCAAUCCUGGACCAAGGGAAGGACUCGUUUGCAGAAGGGGUGCCCCUUGGUUGGGAUAAGCCCAUCGGCAGGGCUCCUCAGGUGUUCCCGAAGAGGACGCACUUCCGGAAGCUUGACGAGACCGAGUUUGAUCCCUCCAUGGUGAACUACCGGUCAGCCGAACUAAAUGCUGAACAGUUGGAAGAGAAGUUUCGUCAAGACGAACGGGAAGGCCUGAUGAUCUGCACCACGGAAGCUGAGGCUAAGAAGAAAUAUGGAGAGGACGCUGUGCUGAUCGCUGCGAUGGGAGCAGUGACCAAAGCUAAUGGUGAUGUGCGGCCGCUACAUGACGGCACCCAUGGCAUCAACCUAAACAACCGGAUCGUGAUCACAGACAAACUGCAGGCGCACCGACGCGUAAAGGUGCGGGAGGCCGAUUGGCCAUGCUCUGCCGCAUACUACUGGUCGCGCCUUUUCGGAGCCGUUGGACGGUGGACUUUCCGGGUCCUUUCCUUGGACCAAUUCUACAUGUUGAUCUACGUGGAUGAUCUCCACGUCGUGGUGUUUGGCUGCGAUAAGUACGAUACCCUAUGGCUGCUUUUCUUGGCCCUUGAAGUGAUGGGGACUCCUUUCUCUUUUCACAAGUUCAAAGGGGGAGUGGAAGUGGACUACAUUGGAUAUCACCUCAGCUACUUCACGUGGGCAGCUGGCAUUUCGGAGAAGCGGGCAUCCUGGAUCGUUGAAUGGAUCGAUCGAGUGGAAGCCGACGGGUGGAUGGUGUCUGGCAGGCGGCUGGUGGAGUUCACCGGACGUCUCAACUUUGUGACACGCAUGAUCACUUGGUUGAAACCUUUCCUGGCACCAUUGUUUGCUUGGAACGGGGUGCUCAGCCGCAGCGCAGUGGCGCGCCUACCCGAGAUGGUGAUGCUAGUCCUUCGAUUUUUCCGCCACCAAUUUUCAUCAGGAGCUCGACUUGAUUCUGUGCACAUGACCUGGCCAGCGCAACAGAGGCAGGCAUUUCGGACUGAUGCUAAGUGCGAAAGGGGGCGCAUUGUGUUGGGGGGCUGGUCCUUAGAUCAUGGGGUUGAUACUAGGCAAGCACCGUGGUUUGCUUUGGAGGUUUUCCCUAAUGACUUGCCAGCACUCUUCAAACCUGAUGGGUCGUCCGAGUGGGCCUCCACUGCCGCGGAGCUGCUCGGCUCAUAUGUCGGGCUUCAUGCAUUCGGGCAUUUGAAGAAAUCUGCCGGGCGGGACUCCUUGAAGAUGCAGGUGUGCGGUGGAACUGACAACAAAGCCACCCCGGCCAUCGCUGCAAAGGGUUUAUCUAACAAGUGGCCCGUGCAAGGGAUCCACAUGCAGUUGUCGGUUGCCCUUCGUGAAGCUAAUAAGGUUUGCAAGCUUGCCUGGAGGCCACGGGAAGAAAAUCAGGAUGCUGACGAUUUGACUAACUUGAAAACGGAAAGCUUUGUUCCUUCAAAAAGGGUGACAGUUGCGUUGAAAGAUUUGCCAAUGGGAUUGUUUCACGAGUUGCAUGAGCACUACGAAUCCUUCAGGGAUGAACGGGCAGCCAUGUCGGCUGCUAAGAAAAUUGAGCCUAAGGCCACUAAGAGGCAGAAGUUGCUUGACAAAACGGAAUGGUAG